AUGUACCCUUGCAAAGAGUGCGACAUGAUCUGCGAAUGCAAGCAAAGCCUGAAGGAGCACAUCGUCAGGAAACACACCCAAGGCUUCAAGUUCACCUGCACCACUUGCGGGAAGAAGUUCAAGAUGAAAAACGAUUUGUACAUGCACGUCCACACAAUACACACCGAAGAGAUGCACGCAGUAUGCGAUGUGUGUGAGAAGACGGCUGCAGAUCCGCUCCUCGACGUGAAGAUCGAGUGUGCAUCCGAGUGCCUACUGGAGAACACGAAGAAGACAGCUUCAGACCCCAGGGGCUCCCGAAGAAAAGUCAGAAAGAGAAGCAAUCGCACCACCGCCACCACAAAGCGGGCCCUAGAAGUGAGGAAAAGGUCGGACGUUAAAGCCGUAAAUGCUCCCAGAAUGUACACCUGCGACGUUUGCCAGGCCAAUUUUUCGUCAAAAAAGGACCUAACGAAGCACAUGAAGCUUCAUAAGUACAUCUGCGACUCCUGCGACCAAAAGUUUCAACUGAGGAGUCAACUUAAAACCCACGUCGCGUCUGUCCAUGGGCCCGAGAGAUACCCCUGCACCGUUUGCGACUACGUGAGCAGAAACAAGUGGGCUCUUCAGGAUCACGUAGUGAGGAAGCACACGGAUGGCUUCAACUUCACCUGCAAGGUGUGCUCGAAAGAGUUCAAGAUCAAAAACGACUUGCAGACCCACAUGACGCGUAGCCACAGCGAGGCCUGCGUUGUCUGCGACAUAUGCGGCCACACCAACAAGAGCAUCCACGCCUUGAAGUGCCAUAAGAAGUAUGCCCACUUCAAGCCCCAGUUCGAGUGCAAGCUCUGCAAACGCAGAAUGACCACUCAGGAGUACCUUGACAAACACAUGCUGAGACACGAGACCAAGGAGAGGAACAUUUGCCCCACGUGUGGAAAAACUUUCUGCGAGAAGUACGCCCUGGACAUACACAUGAUGAUCCACACAGGGGUGAAGCCCUUUGUCUGUCCCGUUUGCGGGAAAGCCUUCUCCAGACAAACUGCUCAGGAACAACACAUUCUUAUUCACAUGGGAAAGAGGCCUUAUGCUUGCGACGUGUGUGGACAAACUUUUGCCCAGAAGCCGGGGUUGAUCUGUCAUAGAAAGAGACACCCGGGACCUCUUCCUCCUCUGCCGGUCGUCUCGGUGAAGAAUAUCGUCAACGACUUCGUCAGAGAAUUCGCUAAGAAAAAUCAUACUCCUCAGCCGUGAAACGUCGUGAGACCUCUUAGAAAUGUGAGGUUAAAAGGAAAGUUCUGUUGGAGCUUCCACUUUGAUUCUUGAAGAGAGAUAUUGUUUUUAAUAUGCUGUUGGAUAUUCUGCGGUUUGGACUAAUUGGAUGUGAUGCGUGUUCUGAUGCGACAUUCUUUGAUGACAAUAACAAUUUCCUUCCAACGUUCAAAAUCAUGGCUCAACAUUGUCGACAUCACUGAGAGUGAUAUUCUUUAUCAGGAAGGGAGGAAAAUAAAUAUUCACAAAAUGGAUAUUGAAUUAUCACGAAAUUUAUGUAAUCGGUGAUUGGCAUACCUAUGUUUGACGAACCCAAAGAAAAUAUUAGAAGGAAGCUAGUUCAUUGUUGGAUGAAAUCUGACUUUGUUUAACAAAUUGUGACUUCUUCAACGGGAUAUUAAACACAGUAAAACUGACACUGAUUUGUAAAAAUGUAAUUUAAGAAGUCGAAAAGAAAAAUUGUUGGGCCAGUGUUGGCCUGCGGGUUGAAAUUGCAUGUCGCAUCAUCAACAUGUCGGCUUAAAAAAAGAAUUUACCCAAAAAAAACUGAGAGACAGUGACGUCACUACCUUGGAAUUCAAAUCAUGCAAAUGUUAGUAUUUGACGGCAUUCUAACAUAAAGUGCGUUUACAACCCAGAACAACACCAUUGUAAAGAACAAUAGUCUUAAACAUUUAAACUCUUUGUUUGAAACAAUACUAAAAGAAGAUAUUGUAGUGAUAUCGCGGAAGUUUUAAAUUCUUAAACUCCUUCAGUGUCUUGAGUAACGUCCAAGAAACUCAAACAAAUAAAUCUGAAGACUGUACUUAAAAUGUAAUUAAAACUGUCGCCAUGUAAUUUUAUUGUUAAUCCCAGAUAUGCCUAUAACAUGUUUAUGCCGAUGGUGGGGCAAAAUUGAUGGAAAAAAAGUAUUAUGCGAUGGUAACAUAGCUCAAGAUGGUCAAUAAUACUGUUCAAUAAAACUAUUGAUAACACAAGAAUGUGAUUAUCACGAUCAGGACAAGAACCGUACUCUUCCAAGUCAUAUUUCUAGACAUUAAAAUAUUAGUGGUUACCAUCUGAUAACACUCUAACGAAUUUCAUAUCUGUACAAUGAAAUGAUGUAUUAAAAUAUGCUUUGAGAUGAGCACUGAAUAAUCAGUUUGUUUGCUGACCGCCCUUUUUAAUCAAUAAAUUUUCCGAAAAUAAUCGUUUUAAAUCCAAUGAUAACGCCGACGAUAAAUAGCUGAGGAGAUAGCCUGCCACUUCGGUACACUAGGUAAGUCUUCUGUGCCGAUAUGAACAAAUUGUACUAACAUGACUUCUUCUCUUCUAUUUCAGAUGAAAUCAUCCCCUAAGUUCGACUGUUGAGAAAUCCCAAGCUUCAAAGUCGAUAUCAUUGUAAAACCCAGGAACCGAUAAGCCACCAAAGAUUUUCCAGAUCUCAGCAGGAUAAAUACAGUAUGUAGAGGAAGUAUGAAAAUAAAAG